CCUUGAUACAAAACCGCUAACAGCAAUUUCUACAAACUUAGGAUAAACGUCCCCCGCCUAGUUACUCGUAUUCGAUUGGUAUAGCGAACACCGCCAACUGGUCUUUAGCGCGCCUUUCUUGGCCAGUGCCGUUCUGAGUGCUUCAUUGUGAACGCUUCCGGUUUCCGAGGGCUUCAUUUGUGGAGUCUCUGGCUGCGCUGGGAGAUGAAGUUUGCUAAAAGGCUUGCUAGUGAGGCGAGUCGUAAGGUGUCGUUUUCUGCGGCGUACUUUGAUUACAGAGCCGCGAAGAAAGCUAUCAAGGAGGAUAUUUCACGGCGAGAUGUCGCGGGAUCUAACUUCCAAAAGCUUUUGGAGGUGGAGCUGCGCAAGGUGUCGCAGUUUUACUCGGAGAAAGCGGAUGGGAUUGAGGCGACACUACAUCAGCUACAUGGCGGCAACAGCGCAGCAGGCAGUGUGUCGCAGCUAACCGCGUUGCGAUCGGAGAUCAAGGAACUCAUCAAGUUUGUGGCGCUCAACUACCUCGCGGUGGUUAAGGCCAUCAAGAAGCGCAACCGGCACCUGCGGGAGACCUUUGGUGCCGCCGCCAGCAUCUCACUGCAGGCGCUGGACAUGCUGGGCCACGAGGUGUUCUUCACCUCGCCGCGCCUAGCCGGCCUGGCCACUCAGGCCGACGUGUUGGUGAGCGGGCUGCAGACCGCCGGCCCCUCCCCCGCCAGCGACGUGCUGUUGCAGGAGGAGUACCAGUGCCCCAUCUGCCUGGACACGCUGCACAGCCCCGUGGUGCUCACGUGCGCGCACCGCUUCUGCUGGGGCUGCCUGGUGGCGCAUGUGACGGCGGUGAGGGACGCGCAGGCGCCGCAGCAGCAGCCGCAGGCGUGCGAGGAGGGGAAGGCCUGCUCCCCCGCCAGCAGCCUCUCCCGCUCCCUGCAGCUGCUGGAGCGCAUUGCCGCGCAGGCGGAGGCGCAGGAGGAGGAGCCGCCGCAGCGCUUCUACAGCUGCCCCGUGUGCCGCAAGCCGCAGCUGCUGGACGUGGACGCCCUGUCCGUGGACCCCUUCCUCACCUCCUUCAUCGAGUCACUCAAGGUGCUGUCCGUCAGCAACGGAGUGGCGGAGGCGGCAGCAGCGGGGGCGGGGGCGGGAGCGGCAGCAUGCGCUCCUUGCUGCCCGCAUUCCUCCACAGCUACAGCCACCGGCUUACAGGCUACUGCUACUACCGCCUGUCCCACCCGCUGCCCCUCCUCCUCCUCCCGACCGGAAUCCGUUAUUCAACUGCAGCUCCAGCCGCCUGCACCCGCAAUUGUCCCCGAGCCCUCCUCCUCCUCCCCGUCCAGCUGGGGCCUGCUGCCCCCGCAGCGCCCCGAGCACGCCGGCCGGCUGUGUGUGCUGCUGGACCUGGACGGCACGCUGGUGUCCUCCUACACCCCCCGCCGCGCCCCCCGCCUGCCCCCCUACGUGCGCACGCAUGUGGUGGGUGCCGGCAGCCAGCUGAACCCCGCGGGGGUGUUUGUGGUGGAGCGGCCGGGGCUGCGCGAGUUCCUGGAGGAGCUGGCGGGGUUUGCGGAGGUGGUGGUGUACACGGCAGGUCUGGAGGACUAUGCCAAACCCAUCGUGGAUGCGCUGGACCCCUCCGGCCGCCUCUUUGCGCACCGGCUCUACCGCCCCGCCACCCUGCGCACCGCCUACUACCAGUGCGUCAAGGACAUGGGGCGACUGGGCCGCGACCUGCACCGCACCCUGCUGGUGGACGACACGCCGCUGGCCUUCCUGCACCAGCCUGACAACGGGGUGCCGGUGCUGGGGUUCCGGGGGGAUCCGGACGACCGGCUGCUGAUGGAGGCGGUGCUGCCGCUGCUGCAGGUGCUGUCCAAGGAGGUCGACGUGCGGCGGGUGCUGCAGAGGCGGUUCGACAUGGGCACCUGGUUCCGCCGUAACGCGCUGCCCAUUGACGCCAUCAUGGAGGAGGCGGCGGAGGCGGCACGAGUCGAGCAGCAGGAGCACCUGCUGGCUGCUGCUGCUGCUGCUGCUACCACACUUGCAGUGGCCACUGCCACUACCACAACAAUCACCACUACCAACACCCACACUACCUCCACGACAGCGACGACUACGAGCACCAUGGAUCACAGCGGCUGCUCAACCUCCCAACCCGCCAGCACUCCCCGCCCACCCACAACUCCACCUGCCUCCGCACCCCCCUCCUCCUCAGCCUCCGCCCUCCUCACCCGUCACUACACCUUCACCUCCCCCCGCCAGCCCGCCCCCUCCAAGCGCUUCUGCCUGCUCACCGAUUUCGACAAGACGCUGACCGACGUUGACGCGGGGGAGGCGGUGGUGGAGCAGCUGGCACCCGAGCUGCUCCCCAUGCUCAUGGGCCUAGCGGCCAACCAGAGCUACAUCCCCAUCACCAACACCAUCUUGUCUGAGAUGCAGCGCCGCGGGGUGUCUCGCGACCUGCUGCUCACCACGUUGCAGCAGUUGGGCGCGGAGAUGCCGCUGGGGUCGCUUGAGCUGCUGCGCAUGAUGAGCGGUGCGGGGGUGGAGGUGCGCAUCCUGUCGGAUUGCAACUCGGUGUUCAUCUCGCAUAUACUGGCGGGAGCCAAGGCGGGAGGUUACGUGAGCCAGGUGGUUACCAACCCCGCAUCGUUUGAGCGCGUGGUGUUGGCGGAAGAGGAGGCGGGUGAGGGUGUGGAGGCGGAUGGGGAGGAGGUGGCGGCGGUGGGUGAGAGGGCGUUGCAGCGGGCGGCUGGGCACCGGCUGGUCAUCCGGGCGCAUUACACGGGGCAGGACGCUACCGUGGUGCUACCGGCAGCGGGCGGUUGCUGCUGCUGCAGCAGCCACACAGGCAGCAGUGGCGGCCACUGCCGGCACGCAUCAUGCAGCGGUGCAGCUGCUGCUGCGGGGUCGGCGGGGUCCGCCGGCUGCAAGACCGCCUCCUCCUCCUCCUCAACGGGGACCAGCUCCUCGCAGCACAUCCACCAGCACCAGCACCACCCACCACAUGGCGCCUCCUCGUGCACUUUAAGUCAACAGGGCCAGGGUCACGGCUGCCCCCGCUGCCCCGACAACAUGUGCAAGGGGCUGGAGGUGCAGCGGCUGAAGCACGCCAACACCUUUGCGCACAUCGUGUACUGCGGGGACGGCGCCAACGACGUGUGCGCGGCGCUGUCGCUGGGGCCGCAGGACGUGUUGCUGGCGCGGUCGGGGCAUGCGUUGGCGCGGUAUGUGCAGGAAGCGCAGGGCAGCUCGGUGCUGCCUCAGGUGGUGGCGCAGGUGGCGUUUUGGAGCUCACAUGAGGAGUUGUUGGCUUGUGUGCGGCAGGUGGUUGAUGUGUGAGAGUGGGGGUGACGUGUUCUUACCGUAUGCCACGUCGCUGUUUCGAAUGUGGCGGUUGAAGGAAAGGCAAGCCGUUCGCAUGUGACGGUGUGUGAGGCGAGAGGGAAGGGAUUAGUGGAGCGCGGUGAGCUUUUGUACUCUACAGUAUUGCUGGAUGCUUUACUUGGCUACGGAUGCCCUGAUGGAUGCGCGACUUGUUACAAAUGCGAAUGGAUCCCUUGAAAAGAGGAGAGUGCUGCCCCUGCGGUGUGGGAUUUGAUGUACCAUGCUUGGUGGUGCGGUUUGGGACUGGGAGAAAUUGUAUACUAGUUACUGCUACCGGUACGGCGGUUGUGGGGCCGCGACCCCGUCCUGCUCGCGUCGUAAUGGAUGUUGGCGAGGGGAUGACGGGUGCUGUCGGGCAGCAGCGGUGAGAGUGGAGAAGGAGCGAGAGGCACUUGGCACUUGUAGCUGUGUGUGGCAGAGAGAGAUGGGGCAAUUAAGGAGGCGUGCUUGUGUGCGGGAGGAGGGGUUUGGAUUCAUCGCACGAUGUGUACGGCUUCUGACGUUUGUUGGACACGAAACCUGCCCGCGCAUUUGCGGGUAGGCUCUUUGUGACAUGGACAAGGCAUGUGUUAGUAAGGAAAUGAGGGCAGUAGGUAAGAUAUAAAUAAGCUUAGCUUCAGGUUACAAUUUGUCUGGCGUUUGGUGUUACUGUAUCUAAUGGAAAAUAGCGCUAAGCAACAUCUGGAUAAUGCGCUUGUGCCCAGUUUGCGUGAUUUACAUCGUGGAAGGUGUUCUAGGUUGACCUCUUGCUGUGGGCCCUGCCCUGCGGGCGCCCCCUGUCAUGGUGUCCUUCCAUUGGUGUUUUGGACGCACCUGAGGAUGGACCGGGGGUGCUUCAGUGCUUACCUGAGCGCCUGUGCGCCCUCUUGGCCGCUUGACACGGGUGCAUGGGCUGAUUGCGUGGGUCAUCUCCGGCAGCUUGGUUUGAUUGUUGGGCCAUGCCCAGGUACUCAUCCAGGCUGGCUUGGUGUGAGCUUGCUUGCAGGGGCUGUGCACUGGGAAUGAGGACGGGUGCUGCUCAUUCAUGUACACGUUACUGUUCAGGUUUGCGUUAGGGCGGAUGGUGUGAUGUAGCGGGACCCAGGGCGGCGUAACACCCCAUCUGUUACAUGGCUGCCAAAGCGGCGAUGAGGCACCGUUACCUGGGCUGCCCUAGACUAUGUAUGUGCGGUUAUGUACAUGCGGGCUCUUGGCUCUUUGCUCCCAUGUGUGGCCCAGUGGUUCAGUUUGUGACCGGGCAAUUUGUAUACUAGAUGUGUGAGAGCUGCGUUGGAUAGCUGGGCUGUUGUCUGGUAGAAAGGUUGAGGGUAGAAAAAGCACCGUUACGGCUUGUGAAGGAAAGUGUUUGGUGAAUAAGUUGGUGCUAGUCGCCGGAUUCCUGGCCGGUGUUGUGCAGCGACUGUAGGUGCAUGGCAUGCUCGAAUGUGAAGCAAGGAAGAAGUUUUGCAAUUUUGAACACGGUUGCAAACCUUCACACCCUGACUCAAUUUCCAUCUGUGAGGCCGCUGACGUUUCCCGGUGUAUGUGUGUGACGCAGCUGACGUGUUCCUCUGCAUAUUCCUCUCUGCAUGUUUUGUACCUGUUUCUUGGGCAUUCAGGCAGCCCCUGCUCCACUGCAUUGGUGCUUGCCCAAACUGGAGCUACAGACCGCGAGCAACCUCGCCUUUGGCUGCAAUUGUAACGUAUCGCGCCCAC